AUGGCGGAUCCCGGUUUUCCGAGCCAACACACUACAACAACGACUGUUGAAACAUCGAAUACAACAGUCACCACUACCAUGAGGUUCGAUGCAGGUUACAUUAAGACGCUACCAGGGAUAUUGAAAUGUGCUCAACUGUUGUUAAAUCUGCUGGGAUUCAUCUGCAUCCUAUGCAGCGGCAUUUGGGCCAACCACACUAGAGGAUCCUUCUUCAAUUUCGUAUCGAUGUUCGCAUUUUGGUUUACGGCCAUAUUGCUCGUGCUGUACCUGUUCCACAUUGUAGAGAAACUGUACAGGAUUCCGUGGAUGAAAAUCGAGUUCGUAUUUUGCGCCGUUUGGACCGGUUUCUAUCUGAUCGCGUCUUCCCUGGCUGUAUCUUUUUCACACAUCGAAGGGUUCGUGGCCGCUGGGUUUUUCGGUUUUUGCGCCAUGAUUGCGUACGGAUUCGAUGCUUUCCUGAAGUACAGAGGCACAUUUUGGUUUACGGCCAUAUUGCUCGUGCUGUACCUGUUCCACAUUGUAGAGAAACUGUACAGGAUUCCGUGGAUGAAAAUCGAGUUCGUAUUUUGCGCCGUUUGGACCGGUUUCUAUCUGAUCGCGUCUUCCCUGGCUGUAUCUUUUUCACACAUCGAAGGGUUCGUGGCCGCUGGGUUUUUCGGUUUUUGCGCCAUGAUUGCGUACGGAUUCGAUGCUUUCCUGAAGUACAGAGGCAUUAAAUUGGGACAGCUCGCGCAAGGGGAACGAGUAGUUACCUCCAACAAGCAAACUAACAUAGGCUGGAGUACCAGCCCAGCUUAUUAA